AUGGGGUCUUUGGAAGCCGCUCCUAGGCACAGAGACCCUUUGCCCGCCAUCGGUUUCCUAGGCAAGGACGGUUCGGGGUAUCCUCCCAAACACGCUGUCGCCGCUUCUCCGACCCCUCUCCUCAGCCCGAACAACAUGUACGCCGGACAACCCCUCCCUUACUCCUACGCGCCGGCCACCAGCGCACCGUCGCAAUCGGGGUAUAUCUCACCGCCAGCAUCGCGCCGGGUCCUCGAGGACGACAAAGACAAGACUGGCGGCCGCCAGUCCCUACCCUCAAUCCACGAGGCCCUGGGCAACGACAAUCCUCUCCCAUAUCCCGCGCCUACCUCCGCACCUCCACCACAAUCGGGACACACCGCACCUCCUCCCUCACAUCUCAUCGGGCGGUCUAGCACCGAAGGACCGCCCGGGCCUCCCAACCCUUUCUCCAAUGGCCCGGCUACGGGGUCGAUGAUGCGGGAACCAGGCUACCCUGCACACCAAACCCAGCUACAGGCCGAUGCGUCACGCACCAGCCUCGUCUCAAUCAACACGCAAGAGUCUCGAAACGCGUCGCUGCACUCGCUCAGCACGGGCAAGUCGCCAACGCAGAGCGCCAAAACGGGCAUCACCUCGGUUUCCGGAUCGCAAAACUCCUCCGCCUAUGAUUACAGCGCGCCACCAUCGGCGGGCAGCGUCGCGUCGCCCAAUGGCUAUAGCCAUUUCGCUCCCAACUACUCCUUUCCUCCGCAGCAACAGCAGCAACAGCAGCAACAGCCGCCGCCGACGGGCCCGUCAUACCAUCCCGCGCCUUACGACAACCGAGCAUACAUGGGUGCGCCGCGGGAAGAGGUCAAAGGUGGAUUCGUGGGCCGUCCGAUGCCGGGCCAACCUCAUGCUGACACGGUGAAACGACAUCUCGACGUUUACGAUGUGGAGACAUCUCUGAAUGAGAUCUCCGAGCUCAGCACGCGGACAUUGGACUUUUCAAGACACUACGCUGCACGAGCACACCAGACGCAACGGUCUGGACCCGUUCUGGGGUCCCUACCCACGCUCACCGAAGUGGAGGACAUGCUCCAUCUGCAGCGCCGGAACCAAGAUGCCCUGAUCCGGAUACGGACGGCCGUGGUGAACCAGGAACAGGCCCUGGCGGAGCAAAUGGCGCAGCGAAAGGCGUUCAAGCAACCCGGGGAAGACGAGCAUAUGGCCAUGUACCAGGAAGAGUUCAAGGGCUCCGGUGGAUUCGCCGGGGCGGACUCGAAGAAACGGCGUGGAAAGGCGGCCCCUCCUGGUCGUUGCCACAGCUGUAACCGAGCCGAAACGCCAGAAUGGCGUCGGGGUCCAGAUGGUGCCCGAACGCUGUGUAACGCCUGCGGCCUGCAUUAUGCCAAGCUGACCCGCAAGAUGGGCGCUAACAAAGCGGCGACCCUGGGAUCGAACCUGAAGCCGAAGACGGUCCUCGACUCCGCAUCGCCAGCCAGUCAUUAA